AAUGCUCCAUUUAACUAGCCAAUCAUACUGUACAUUUCCUUUGAUGGAAAAGUCUGUGCAAGUCAUGACAUCCGGUAGAAAAACCCAUUUGAUUGUCUUUCAACAUCAGGCCAUCAUUACACAUGGAUGGGCUACAUAUUUUUCCAGUCAUUCUCCUUGUUGUAUCCUGCAGUUACCACUGGACCUCUGGAUCAGUGUUGGACGUGACAGUCAGACCAGGAGACAGCAUCACUCUCUACUGUGACUGCAAAUUAUCAAUUGGAUUAUACAUAGUGUGGUACAGGAACUGUUCUCAUGAGAACCAGCCUUCUCUUGACCUUCCAGUAAAACUCAUUUCGAAGAUGGUCAACUCUGAAAAUGGUCUCCUGAAAAAUUUCCCUCGUUUUCAAUUUGUGAGAAACUUUUCUUCUGCGUCCUAUGACCUGCUGAUCAUGAACAUCACUCACUCUGAUGAGGGUCUCUACUACUGUGGAACUGAACAGACCAAGGUGGAGGAUAAAGAAUUCAUUACAUCCAGAACUAUUUACAGAUACGGCAACAUCACAACAAGGAUCAUAUUCAACUCCAGCGAGCCUCAUCACCCUGAGACUCCACAAGAAUGUGGUGUAUGCUGUGUGCUGCUGUUCUCUCUGUGUCCAGCUUUUGCUGUCCUCUCCUCUCUUCUCUCCUCGCUUCUGGUUUAUCACCUCUGUCAGAAAAAAGCUAAAGAACUUCAAGUUGAUCAGCAAAGACCUCAAACAGGACUGAAUCAGGAUGAAGAUAUGGGUUAUGCUGCAGUGGAAAUCCGUCAGGCAUCACAGAGACCAAAGAAGAAGAAGAAGAAAACCCAGAGUUCUAACUUCAGCACUUAUUCUGCCAUCAAUACUUCCAGGAUGUAGAGAGCCUAAAACAAGACAACGACAUAAUAAAUUAUAUAAGGCUGGUUAAUGAUGAAUAAUUCAUUUGUAGGAAUAUGUAUAGAUCAUUCUGUCACUUCUGCAUUUAAGGCUGGGCAACAUUCAUCAUUAUCUGUAACUGAUACAUAUAAAAUGAUGUAUGCAUAAAAUGAUUUUUAUGUUUGUUUGUUUUUUGAAAGUGGAAAGCAGUUAUGGUU